AUGUCAGAGCCGGAGGCGCGAACCACUGUUGUAGGCUCUUCCGUGCAGUUCAGAGUUUACUACGAGCAAAUCAAGCAGCUUCCCAUUGGCAACCCCAUCCUCUCCGACGUUGUCUCUGCCGGGGGACACCUCUGGAGGAUUGAGUUUUUCUCUGGCGACGACGACGUGGGCAUUUCUAUCUACCUCAGGCACAUGAGCAAAUCCAGAAGUGCCAGGGCCAUCUUCGAGGCCUUCGUGAUGGGUAGGGAUGGCACACCAUCUAAGCCGGCUAUGCAAUGGUUAUGUCAAACCUUUGAAGCCAGUGGAGAUACAAAGGGCAACGACAACUGGGGAUUGUUGAUGGUGGUUCCUGAUCUGGAGAAAAGAUUCUUAAUAGAGAGACACGUCACAUUUGUAUGCACCAUCAUGGUCACCGACCACAGUCCUAUUCUGGUGCCGCCUUCAGACAUUGGAACCCAUCUUGGCCGCCUGCUAGAUCAAACUGAUGGGGCAGACGUGUCAUUCAUCAUUGACGAUGAGACAUUCCCUGCUCACCGAGCAGUGCUUGCUGCCCGCUCACCAGUCUUCAAAGCAGAGCUAUUCGGUUCCAUGGCCGAGUCUACAAUGUCCUCCAUCACGCUGCACGACAUCACACCUGCAACAUUUAAAACUUUGCUAUGGUUCAUAUACACAGAUGAAUUGCCCUCACAAGACGAGCAUCAGGACUCUUCCACUGAGAUGAUUCAGAAUCUACUCGUUGCAGCCGAUCGGUAUGCGCUUGACAGGCUGAAGAUCAUCUGUGCCCAGAAGCUAUGGGAUAAAGUGUCGGUAGAUACAGUUGCAGCUAUCUUAGGUUUCGCCGAAACAUACAAUUGUCAGGAGUUGAAAAACAAGUGCAUCGACUUCUUUGCAGUGGAGAUUAAUUUCAAACAGGUCAUGUUCACCGAUGGUUACGCAAUGUUGCUUCUGAAGUUCCCAUUGAUCAUCGCUGAGCUCAAGAAGAGGGUUGGGGCAUAA